AUGGCGCUCAAGACUCUUGGCCCAGAGAAAGCGGCAGAGCUGGAUAAAGAGCUCAUGAGCGAGGAGGGAGGGUUCACUAUUGAUCAAUUGAUGGAACUGGCCGGGUUGAGCGUUUCACAGGCAGUCUACAAAGUCCACCCGCCAUCCAAAGGAAAGAGUAUCCUCAUAGCCUGUGGACCUGGGAACAAUGGAGGAGACGGCCUCGUCUGCGCCCGCCACUUAUACCACUAUGGCUACCACCCAGAAAUCUACUACCCAAAACCCACCAAUGCGCCCAUCUUCACGGGCCUCCAGAAGCAACUCCGGCACCUACAUAUCCCCUUCCUCACCACGACCGAGGAGUACAAUUCCUCCCUAAAAAAGGCCGACCUCAUCAUCGACGCCCUGUUCGGCUUCUCAUUCAAACCGCCCGUCCGCGCUCCCUUCGACACGGUCCUGCAGGCCAUGAUCGAGUCCAAAAAGCCCGUCUUGGCCGUCGAUAUCCCUUCGUCGUGGGACGUGGCGUCCGGUCCGCCGGAACAAGGGCAGAUCGGACACGACUUCAUGCCCGACUACCUGAUCAGUCUCACGGCCGCGAAGCCGAGCGUCAAGUUCUUCAAGGGCAAGAGACAUUUCAUUGGUGGCCGCUUCUUGAGCCAGGAUGUCGCGAACAAGUAUGGCCUGGAUGUGCCCCACUAUCAGGGCAUCGACCAGGUCGCCGAGGUGGACGUGGAUGCGCCAGUGGAAAAGUUGUGA